AGCGAAUUCCCGACUUACGCGGAUAAAGCAUAAUAACUGUUAGGAAAGUAAGCGCACUUGGCAAUUGCUUUCGUCGCAUAAUGCGUCUUGAUACAGGGCAGCGUGUCCAAUCGCAACGGUGCAAGGAGACCCGGCGAAGAUGCGUGCAAGCUGCGGUUGGACGCGCUGCUCGGCGUGUUUCGCCCUCCACAAUGGGUGGUUGCAACCGGCUUGGCCGCGCGGCUAGAACUCCUUUCCGUCCAGUCGCAGUAUUUCCAUUCUUUAAAAGUGCGGUCUCAAAACCACCAAGCGCCGAGGAGCCCGUGUCUCAGCAGAAGCAGCAACAACAACACCCUCACCAUCAUGGCCAUCAACACCAUCAUCACCACCACAAGUUUGACCUGCCGCUUGCGGUCGUGCUGGCCGGCGCUGCCUUCGAGUCCUACCUGCAGCCCCAGGGCGGACAGGGCUUCCAGCAGCGCACCGUGGGCGGCCCUACCGUCACCUACACCGACAAGUCCUUCCUCACGCAAACCCACUACGGCGUGCUGCACGUGCAGCUGCUGUCCGCUUCCAACCUGCGCCCCGCCGACCCGGGCGGCGCCUCCGACCCCUACGCGCUGCUGCAGCUGGGCGCAUGCAGCGUGCGGUCGGCGACGGUGUGGGGCAGCCUGGAGCCGAGAUGGGGGGAGGGGGAGGCGCACUGCCUGUAUGUGAGGGACCCCCGUACAGAGGUGUUGCGGGUGCGGCUGUACGACGAGGACCCCGGGCCCAAGAGCGACGACGAGCUGGGGAUAGCCAUGAUGGGGCUGGGGGUGCUGCUGGAGGGGCAGGGGGAGGAGCAGGAGGCUGGAGGGGAGGGGGCUGGGGGGAAGGCGCGGACUGUGACGCUGCCGCUUAGAGGUUCCGGAGCGGGUUCAGGCGCGAGCGUUACGUUGCGAGUGCGACUGCUCGCCUUCUCCGACGCCGACCCGGCUGACGUGGCGGCCCUGACGAGUCGUACCACCACCGCCCCCUCGCCCUCCGCACUGGCGGGGCUGCAGGCUGCCGCAGCUGCGGUCUCCGCGCUUCCCCAGCAGCUGGAGGCGGUGAUGGGGGCAGCACGGGGGCAGCAGGGGCAGAAGGAGCGGGGGGAAGAAGGGCAGGAGAACGAGGAGAGGGAGAAGGAGGAGAGGGAGCAGCAGCAGCAGCUGGCACAGGAGCAGCCGCAAGUCCAGCUCCCCGGCGGCGAGCAGGUGCCCAACCCCUGGCGGGUGCUGGCGGCCAUGGCGGGCAGGGCGGCGGGCGGGGAGGGGGCGGCGCUCACACCCGUGGCAUUCGUGGAGAACGAGGAAACCGACACGCAGGUGUGGUUGUAUCGCAAUCUGGAGCUGCGGGAGGCGGUGAUCGCCUUCCGGGGCACCGAGCAGGUGAAGUGGAAGGACCUGGCCACCGACCUGAACCUCACCCCCUGCUCCCUCAACCCGGAGCGGCUGGACGACAACGCGGGGCUGCCCUUCACGGCGCGCAUCAUCCGGGCGGUGACGGGGGUGCAGCAGCAGCAGAUGAUGGUCCACAAGGGCUUCCUGGACGCCUACGACAGCGUGCGGGCCACCGUGUUCGCCCUGCUGGAUGCAGCAACCGCCACCACUGGCAGCAGCAGUGCCAGCAGUGCCGGCAGCAGCAGUGCCAGCAGUGCCGCCGCCCACCCGGAUGGCGGGGCCCCCGUGUGGCGGGUGCUGGUGACUGGGCACUCGCUGGGCGGUGCGCUGGCAACACUGGCGGCGUAUGAGCUGGCGGAGAGGAGGACCCCCGCCCGCUCCCGCCAGUCUAUCAGCCUCUACACCUUCGGCGCCCCCCGAGUGGGCAACCGGGCCUUCGCCGCGGAGUUCGACGGGCUGGUUCCUGACGCGUGGCGGGUGACCAACAGCAAUGACAUCAUACCCAGUGUGCCCCGCCUGAUGGGCUACUGUCAUGUGGGUCGGGCGGUGCGGCUGGGGGCGGAUGGGCGGCUGAGGGUGGGCCGACGAAACAGCAGUGGUAGCAGCAGCGGCAGCAACAACGGG